UUGCGCAUCUUAUACUUUGUUGAAUACCUGUUUCUUUCCCUACCAAAUGGCUGAAUUAUCUGGUAAAUUCCAGCUGAGGGAUGCUGACGAAGACAACUUUGAUAAGAUCAUGGCAGAAGUCGGUGUGCCCGAAGAAAAACGAGCCCGAGGACGAGCUCUUCGACCUACGAUUCAAUAUUCACGAGACGGUGAUGACUACACGAUGACUUACAUCACAGGUGAUGGUAGGGAACUUUCGCAUGUCUUUCAACUGGAUGUCGAACGUGAAGAAACAACCAUGGACGGGCGAAAAGUCAUGAGCACAUACAAACGCAAUGGUAAGAACAUCAUCCAACACGAAAAGCAAGAAAACGGGAAGGUUAUCGUCUACGAUCGUGAAAUCGUCGGUGAUGAGCUUCACGUGAAAAUUUCCUGUGGCGAUCUUAAAGCACACAGGGUCUUCAAGAAGUUGUGAAUGUCUGUCAUGAUAACAAACGUUACGCUAAGUUUAAAAAAUUGUUUUAGCUGAACCCCCCACCUAUUUUGAAGCUUAAAAUACAAGGUUUUUAAACAACUACAAA